AUGGGGUUUUUUAAGAGUAAACUGUUAUCUUGGGGUUCUUCUUCUGUUAAGGUUCAGUACAUGCACAUGAGGUGCAUAGCCCAUAUCCUCAAUUUAGUGGUCCAAGAUGGGUUGAAGUUUGCAGAUGAGUCAGUUAAGAGGGUGAGGGAUGCAGUGAGAUGGGUUAGGAACUCACCAGCUAGGCUGACAAAGUUCAGAGAGUUUGGUGUGGAAGCUAAAUCAGCUUUGCAUCUUGAUGUCCCUACAAGGUGGAACAGCACCUACAUUAUGCUCAACACUGCAAUUCAAUAUCAAGUAGUGUUUGAUGCAUAUGAGAGAAAUGACCCCUCUUAUUCUGCUGACUUGGGGAGUGCUCCUACCUUCUUGGAUUGGUGUUCUGUGGAAAGCUUAGUGAAGCUAUUGAAAGCAUUUUAUGAUAUGACAGUGAGGAUCUCUGGUUCACUUUAUGUCACAUCUAACACAUUCUUCUCUGAGAUCUAUGAUCUUAGUUGCAUGCUUGAAGCUAUGGUGAACUCUGAGCAGGGGACUGAAAAGGCAAUGGGGACACAAAUGAGGAACAAGUUUGACAAAUAUUUGGGGGAUCCAGAAAAAAUGUACUCUAUCAUUUUUUUUGCCAAUAUUCUGGAUCCCAGAGAUAAGUUGGAGUACAUGCCUCAUCAAUUUGUCCAGUUGUAUGGAGAAGAGAAAGACAAAGCUUGUUUUACCAAGGUCCAAUCUGCAAUGGCUGCUUUAUAUGAUGACUAUGCAGCUACAUACUCUCUCAGUUCUACCCAGACAGCAUCCUCUACUCAAGCAGUCCAGUCUGAGGCUAACCAGGCUACUACUUGUACAGUUGGUAGGCCUCAGUCAUCUUUGAAGAGCCAACUUAAAAAAAAGAGAUUAGAAAGUAGUGGAAGCAGUAAGCAAACUGAGCUGCAAUUCCUAUCUCCACAGUUGCUUCUGAGAGUUGUUUUAGUACAUCUGGAAGGGUACUUGAUCCAUUUAGGAGUUCAUUGA